AUGGCCAUCGCCACUAUCGGCUCGGUGGAGAUCAUCCGGACUGUUAGACACGGUCGUCAGACCGAAAAUGCCGUGAUAAGCAUUCAGUUCGACUUGAACGAUGUAAUCAUGACUCUGACCCGUCGGCAACCACACGGUUGGGUCCGCGCAGCCGAUCCCAUGAUCGGACCCAACCCUACCUCCUGCUCGUGUUGA